CGCCGCCUCCCCCUCCUUUCUGGACUCCUCUCCCCCUCUCCAGCGUCCCUGCAUCGCCAGUCUGCUUCUGUUGUCUCGGCGGAUUGUUGGUCUUGGGGAGAAAAGAUAUCGCGAGUGUUGGAGUUUUGGUGAGAGUUUGUGGAAGAUGGCGCCUGUUGUGACAGGGAAGUUUGGGAGCGCCCUCAACCACAGCGCCUAACAAGAGAAGCGAUGAGGAAUUACCUGAAGGAGCGAGGAGACCAAACUGUCCUGAUCCUGCAUGCAAAGGUUGCCCAGAAAUCUUAUGGCAAUGAAAAAAGGUUCUUCUGUCCACCCCCAUGUGUCUACCUGAUGGGCUCUGGCUGGAAAAAGAAGAGAGAGGAGAUGGAGAGAGAGGGCUGUUCAGAGCAGGAGGCUCAGCCCUGUGCCUUUAUAGGGAUAGGAAACAGUGACCAGGAGAUGCAGCAACUCAACAUAGAGGGGAAGAACUAUUGCACAGCCAAAACCUUGUACAUAUCAGACUCCGACAAGAGAAAGCACUUCAUGCUGUCGGUCAAGAUGUUCUACGGCAACAGCGCCGACAUCGGCGUCUUCCUUAGUAAGAGGAUAAAAGUCAUCUCCAAGCCCUCUAAGAAGAAACAGUCCCUGAAGAACGCAGACCUGUGUAUUGCAUCGGGGACCAAGGUGGCCCUGUUCAACCGGUUGCGUUCCCAGACGGUCAGCACGCGCUACCUACAUGUGGAGGGGGGAAACUUCCACGCCAGCUCCCAGCAAUGGGGUGCCUUCUACGUUCACCUGUUGGAUGACGAGGAGUCUGAAGGAGAGGAGUUCACUGUGAGAGAUGGCUACAUCCACUAUGGACAGACGGUCAAACUGGUCUGCUCUGUCACCGGGAUGGCCCUGCCACGCCUGAUCAUCCGUAAGGUGGACAAGCAGACGGCCUUGUUGGAUGCAGACGACCCCGUCUCCCAGCUGCACAAGUGUUCAUUCUACCUGAAGGACACAGAGCGGAUGUACCUGUGCCUUUCCCAAGAGAGGAUCAUACAGUUUCAAGCCACUCCAUGCCCAAAGGAACCAAACAAAGAGAUGAUCAACGACGGAGCGUCCUGGACAAUCAUCAGCACCGACAAGGCUGAGUACACCUUCUACGAGGGCAUGGGCCCCGUCCACUCGCCUGUCACCCCCGUGCCUGGAGUCGAGAGCUUACAGUUAAACGGGGGUGGGGAUGUGGCCAUGCUGGAGCUGACGGGACAGAACUUCACCUCAAACCUGAGGGUCUGGUUCGGAGACGUGGAGGCAGAGACCAUGUACAGGUGUGCGGAGAGCAUGCUGUGCGUGGUUCCCGACAUCUCUGCCUUCCGCGAGGGCUGGCGCUGGGUACGUCAGCCGGUGCAGGUUCCCGUCACGCUGGUGCGAAACGACGGCAUCAUCUACUCCACCACGCUCACCUUCACCUACACGCCGGAGCCUGGGCCGCGGCCACACUGCAACGCCGCCGGAGCCAUCCUACGGGCGGGCAGCGACCGCCUUUUAACGGCUAGCAGCAACAGCGCUAACAACAGCGACGCUAACAACAGCUACGGCCCCAACAACGCAGGAGUCACAUCCUCUUCCACGGUUGCAGCCGUGGUGUCCUAACACACAAACACACACACACACACACACACACACACUUAUACACACACACAAUAUGCCUUGAGAGGAAAAUGUACCACAUGGUAAAAAGACCAUGAAGUAAACUGACUCUCUAAAAGUGCUGCAUAUUGAUUUGGGAUUUCAAAAGAAGCUGAAAUUGAAAACUGAUCGGACGGAAAAAGGAGGAAUUCAAAGAGAGUUCCUAUGUUAAAAGUUGUCAACCAGCGGAAAUAAGAGAAACUGUGUGAACUCCUCGCUGCUGCCCUCUUGUGGUUCGUAAGGGACAUGCCUGUCGGUUUAUGGUGUUGGAGCUGUGUAAUAGGGAGUUCCUAUUGGCUCAGCGCGCCAGUGUCUUGAACGGAGACCACAACAACUAUACAUCCACCACAUGUAUAGUACGUUAACUAAAAGGUUGAUUUUGUGCGCUUCCCCCCCCCUCCCUCUGUUCAUUUUUCCCCCUCUUUUUUUGUCUCGUUAGUCGUCUAUGUUACUGUAAAGGGAGGAAAUGUAUUGUUUUUGGAUGGAGAGCGAGGAGUGGACAUAGUGGGGACACAUAAAAAUGUCAUGACGAUGCCAUCGUUUUUGUGGACCAAGGAUCUUGCAUAAGCUUCAGUAAAGGUACAUUUUCACCUGUUUUGUAUGAAACCGUAUAGUACACUUUUGUUACCAAAUAGUUUCUAUUCUCUUCCUCCGAGCUUUGGGCUUUUUUUAUGUUGUCCAAAUCCCGACCUGGCAUGUGUAUUAUAGCUACCUUUACUUCUUGUCUCCAUCAAAUGCCUGCUUCUUUCAGUCUUUUCGACGGAACGUAGAAUUUUUGAUACUUUGCUAGUCUUGGGAUUUAUUUUUAUUUUUUACCUAACCAAUGGUUUGUUUGUGUUAGGGGGUAACCUCAGCGGGCCUAAUUUUUGUAUUCUCAUUGUUUUUAAAAAAAAUGAAGUCUUUAAAAAGAAAAGCUUUAAGCAACGCCUAUGCCUUGCCUGCAAUACUCUGUUCGCUACAAGCUACGUUUCCUUUGGAAAGUACAACAUGUCUGUACAUCACACAUGGAGUCAUGGUGACGUGAAUUCUUCCAUUUUAUUUAAAAUGUAAAAAAAAAAAAAAAAAACUGGACUUCCAGUUACAGAAUAGUUUGUCAUUUUCACAUUUAAUGAGUCUAGUCGUUAAAAUGAAAUGGUAGCCUUAG